AUUAGCCACAGUAACCGGUCCUCUGAGACACCUGCUGUGUAUAAAAUGCUAUGACUUUUCAAGCAGCAAAACAUCAGAAGAGCUGCUCUGUCUGAAUCCACCUGGAGCCAAUUAGGAACUGUCAUGGAUUUGUCCACUGUCACUCCAGUGACUCUGCAUGUGGAUCCACACGGGUUUUACCUCUACUGGACCGACCAAAACAAGGACACAGAGCUGUUGGACCUGACCCUGGUAAAAGAUGUCAGAACAGGCAGAAGCACGAAAACACCCAAGGAGGCUAAGCUGCGGGAGCUGCUCGAUGUGGGAAACCUGGUUGGUAGGCUGGAGAACCGCAUGGUUACCGUGGUUACGGCUUCAGACCUUGUAAACGUCAACCAGCUUAACUUCAUCGCUUCGCAGGAGGACGAAGCCAAGGUGUGGUGUGAGGAACUGUUUUCUCUGUCUUCCAACCUGCUGAGCCACAAUCUCAACAGAGAUCAGAGUCUGCUGAAAGCGUACAUCAAGUUAACUCUUCAGCCGAAUGCAGAGGGGAGAAUUCCUGUCAAGAAUAUUGUUCGGCUGUUUUCAUCGGACAGAAAAAGAGUCGAGAAUGCCCUGGAGAGCUGCAAACUGCCCUAUGGACGGGGUGACAGCAUCAAACUGGAAGACUUAACACUUGAAGUUUACCGGAACUUCUUGGACAGUCUGUGCCCUCGCCCUGAGCUUGGGAACAUCUUCAAACUGCAAGGAGCCAAUGAUGGGAUGCUGUCAGUCGAUCAGAUGACAGAGUUCAUCAACAAUAAGCAGAGAGACCCAAGGCUCAAUGAAAUCCUCUACCCACCUCUUCGUCCUGCACAGACGCACACUGCGAUGGAGAGGUAUCAACAUGACCAGGCACAACUGAAGACAGGCAAGAUCUCCCUCCAGGCGUUCUCCAGUUAUCUGUCUAGUGAUGAGAAUGGAGUCAUUCCACCAGACAAGCUGGAUCAGUCUGAAGACAUGAGCUUCCCGAUAUCUCACUAUUUCAUCAACUCAUCGCAUAAUACUUACCUGACAGCGGGCCAGCUGGCCGGGAGCUCCUCAGUAGAAAUGUACAGGCAAGUUCUGUUGGCCGGGUGCCGCUGUGUGGAAUUGGAUGUGUGGAAAGGACGGACUGCUGAGGAGGAACCUGUCAUCACUCAUGGAUUCACCAUGACCUCAGAAAUCUCCUUUAAGGAGGUGAUUGAAGCUAUUGCAGAAUGCGCCUUCAAGACCUCACCCUUCCCUGUGAUCCUGUCUUUUGAAAACCACGUGGACUCGUUGAAGCAGCAGGCUAAAAUGGCCGAAUACUGUCGAUCCAUUUUUGGAGAAGCUCUGCUGAUUGACCCUCUGGACAAAUACCCUCUGGAGCCAGGUGUCCCUCUGCCCAGUCCUCAGGAGCUGAUGGGCAAAAUUCUCAUCAAGAACAAGAAAUCCCACAAACCUUCCAAUAACACAGACACAAAGAGACUGAUGGACCAACCUGCCAAUCAGAGCAAUGAACCAGUGUCUCCUAGCAACAACACAGGAGAGAUGGAAGCUGAGAGUGAGGAAGAUGAUGAUGAUGAAGAUGAUGAUGGUAAAAAGGGCUCAGCCGAGCGGGAAGCAGUGGCAACAGAGGAAAUGUCAACUCUGGUUAACUAUGUCCAGCCUACCAAGUUCAACUCCUUUGAAGCCUCCAAGAAGGCAGCCCGCUGUUACCACAUGUCGUCUUUUGUGGAGACCAAAGCGUUGGAGCAUCUCACAAAGUCACCAGUGGAGUUUGUAGAAUAUAAUAAAUCCCAGCUGAGUCGUAUCUACCCAAAAGGAACCAGAGUGGAUUCAUCAAAUUUUAUGCCUCAACUCUUCUGGAAUGCGGGAUGUCAACUGGUGGCUCUAAACUACCAAACUAUUGAUUUGUCCAUGCAGCUGAAUCUCUUCAUGUUCGAGUACAACGGUCGGAGCGGCUACAGGUUGAAGCCUGAGUUCAUGAGGCGCCCAGACAAACACUUUGACCCUUUUACGGAAAACACAGUGGAUGGCAUUGUAGCUAACACCCUCUCCGUGAAGGUCAUUUCAGGCCAGUUCCUGACUGAGCGGAGAGUGGGGGUGUAUGUGGAGGUGGAGAUGUUUGGACUCCCUGCAGACACUCGGCGGAAAGCUCUGAAGACCAAAACGUCUCAGAACAACAAUGCCAUCAAUCCAGUGUGGGACGAAGAACCGAUUGUGUUCAAAAAGGUGAUUCUUCCUACUCUGGCCUCACUGAGAAUUGCUGCCUUUGAAGAAGGAGGGAAGUUUAUUGGUCAUCGAAUUAUUCCAGUGUCUGCUAUUAGGCCAGGUUAUCGUUACAUCGGCUUGAGGAAUGAGAAAAACCAGUCUCUGAUUCUCCCAGCUGUGUUCGUCUACAUUGAAGUCAAAGACUAUGUCCCAGAUACAUUUGCUGAUGUAAUCGAGGCUCUAUCGAACCCUAUUCGCUAUGUCAACCUUCUGGAGCAAAGAUCUAAACAGCUGGCAGCCCUGACUCUGGAGGAUGGCGAGGACGACACGCAGACUGAGGAAGAGACUGAAAGCUGUGCAGAGCGUAAGACUGAUCUGAAAUCAGCUCCACUAGAAAACGGGCUCAGCCCAGCCUCUGGCCCACCGGGCCACACCCCCAUCGCCACCACACCCAAAGCUUCUGCAGCCAAUCAACAGGCGGCCACAACAGAUGCAGCCAAACCAGCAGCCAAGACUGAAGACCUGGUUUUAAGUGUUUUGAUAGAUGUCCCAGUGUGUACUUUGGAGAAUCUGCAGCAGUCCAAAGUUUACCAGAAGGAGCAGAGACGCCAGUUUAAAGAGCUGAAGGAGUUAGUGAGGAGACACCAGAAGAAAACGUCAGAGCUCCUGCGAGAGUUCAACAAUAAGUACAAGAAGACAGCAAGACAAUGCAGCAAGAACAGGAGUUCGAACUCGGACAGUGAGAAGGACGACCGUCUUCAGCAGCUGAGAGAAGAGCAGCAUCAGCAGCUUCUGGCUCUGAGGCAGGAACAGUACUAUAGUCAGAAAUAUCUGCAGAGAGAACACAUUAAAACGCUGACGGAGCGGCUGACCAGUCUGGCUGAGGAGAGUCACAACGCCCAGAUAAAGAAACUCAAAGACAUCUGUGACAAGGAGAAAAAAGAGCUGAAGAAGCAGAUGGAUCGAAGGAGAACAGAGAAGAUCAACCAAGCAAAGACCAAAGAGAAACAUCUGGCUGAGGAGGAGAAGAUUGAGAUCAAUAAGUCCUACGUCAAUGAAGUCGUCCAGAACAUUAAAAGGCUCGAGGAGACUCAGGCAAAGCGCCACGAGCAGCUGGUGGAGCAACACAAUGAUCUCCUGCAAGAGAUACAAGACCAGAAGCCAAAGCUGCAGGGCUCUGUGGAGGCAGAGUUUCAGGAGAAGUUCCAGCGUUUGCCCGGAGAGAUUCACGACUUCCUGCAGGACAGGAAGUUGGAGGUUCGAGGCCACAGCAAGUCACGACCUUCCACACCACACGAAGCUCUUUCAGAGGAGGACUGAAGAGGGGAAAACAGGAUGAAGGAGCGAGGGGGAAUGAGGAACGAGAACAAUUGGAUCAAUGGAAGCAGCGUGGAGUAGAUCAAUGAAAUGCAAAGCAUGAGAAUAAAAGAUAACAAGAAGUAUUGAUGAAGAGGACACAAAAGAGUAAAUAAUCAAGUUUAUAUAGACUGUUACUUCUUUUUAAUGGAAGAAUGCUUUAACAAUUUAUUUUUUAUUCCAUUCUAGCAUGUACUUUGUGUGUUUAAUACAAGUGUUUAAUCAGACCCCGUUUAGUCUUGCAUUAAGUCUUCUAUUCUGUCAUCUCUUAUUUUAGACCUCAACAGUUUGUACUGCAUGACUGCAUAUCUAUCUAUCUAUCUA